AUGACCGAUACACUGCUGCCCACAGCCCCCCAGCCCCUGGAGAAGGAACGCGAUGGCUAUUUUCGGAAGGGUUGUAACCCCCUUGCUCAAACUGGCCGCAGCAAACUGCAGAAUCAGAGGGCCGCCUUAAACCAGCAGAUCCUGAAGGCUGUUCGAAUGAGAACCGGAGCAGAAAACCUUCUCAAAGCAGCCACAAACCACAAGGUGCGGGAACAGGUGCGACUGGAGCUGAGCUUCGUGAACUCGGACCUGCAGAUGCUCAAGGAACAGCUGGAGGGGCUCAACAUCUCAGUGGGGGUCUACCAGAGCACAGAGGAGGCAUUUACAAUUCCCCUGAUUCCUCUUGGACUGAAGGAAACCAAAGAUGUUGACUUUUCAGUUGUUCUCAAGGAUUUUAUCCUGGAGCACUACAGUGAAGAUAGCUAUUUAUAUGAAGAUGAAAUAGCUGACGUUAUGGAUCUGCGACAAGCCUGUCGGACGCCCAGCCGGGAUGAGGCUGGUGUUGAACUGCUGAUGAGUUACUUUAUCCAGCUGGGCUUCAUGGAGAGUCGAUUCUUCCCGCCCACCAGACAGAUGGGGAUCUUGUUCACGUGGUAUGACUCCCUCACUGGGGUGCCAGUCAGCCAGCAGAACUUGCUCCUGGAGAAGGCCAGCAUUCUCUUUAACAUGGGAGCCCUUUACACACAGAUCGGGACCCGGUGCAAUCGGCAGACUCAGGAGGGGCUGGAGUGCACUGUGGACGCCUUUCAGAGAGCUGCAGGGGUCUUAAACUACUUGAAAGAGACCUUUACUCAUACUCCAAGUUACGACAUGAGCCCUGCCAUGCUCAGCGUGCUGGUCAAAAUGAUGCUUGCGCAAGCCCAGGAAAGCAUGUUUGAGAAAAUCUGCCUUCCAGGGAUCCAGAAUGAGUUCUUCAUGCUGGUGAAGGUGGCUCACGAGGCUGCCAAGGUGAGGGAGGUCUACCAGCAGCUGCACGCAGCCAUGAGCCAGGCCCCGGUGAAGGAGAACGUGCCGUACUCCUGGGCCAGACUGGCCUGUGUGAAGGCCCACCACUACGGGGCUCUGGCCCAUUACUUCGCCGCCACCCUCCUCAUCGACCACAAGUUGAAGCCUGGCGCAGAUGAGGACCACCAGGAGAAGUGCUUGGCCCAGCUCUAUGACCACAUGCCUGAGGGAUUGAUGCCAUUGGCCACACUGAAAAACAGAGCCCAGCGCAUAGACUUGGGGAAAUCGCACCUGCACAGGGCCAUCUCGCAGCACGAGGAGUCCGUCCGGGAGGCCAGCCUGUGCACGAAGCUCCGCAACAUCGAGGUGCUACAGGAGGUGCUGUGCGCAGCGCUCCAGCGUUCCCGCCUCAAGUACGCCCAGCACCAGGACGAAGAUGACCUGCUGAACCUGCUCGAUGCCCCCGACAUUGUCUCUAAAACAGAAAAAGAAGUUGAAAUUAUACCUCCACAGUUCUCCAAGAUGACAGUAACUGACUUCUUCCAGAAAUUGGGUCCCCUGUCCGUGUUUUCGGCUAGCAAGAGAUGGACACCGCCCCGAAGCAUCCAUUUCAUCGCUGAAGAAGGGGAUUUGGGGUUCACCCUGAGAGGGAACUCCCCCGUUCAAGUCCACUUCCUGGACCCUGUUGCUGUUCAGGAUGUGGAUUGUAAGUGGCUGACCGUGAGCGAAGUCAUGAAACUGCUGAAGGACUCUGGCGAGGAGGACAUUGAGAUGAAGGUGGUGAGCCUGCUGGACUCCACGUCGUCCAUGCAUAGUAAGUGUGCCACGUACUCUGUGGGGAUGCAGAAAACUUACUCCAUGAUCUGUUUAGCCAUAGACGAUGAUGAUAAAACGGAUAAAACCAAGAAGGUCUCCAAAAAGCUCUCCUUCCUGAGCUGGGGCACCAACAAGAACAGGCAGAAGUCUGCCAGCACCAUGUGUCUCCCGGCAGUUGGGGUUGCAAGGCCUCAUAUCAAGAAGAAGCUGCCCUCCCCUUUCAGCCUUCUCAACACCGACAGUUCUCUGUACUGA